CUCCACUCUGAAAAGGAUAAAGGUGAUGGUCAAGUCAGAUACUCCCUGAGUGGUGAUGGAGCAGCAUCCAUUUUCACCAUUGAGGAGGACACAGGAGACAUCCAUGCCACGAAGAGGCUGGACCGAGAACAGCAGGCCUACUACACCCUGAGAGUACAGGCCAGGGACCGGAACACCAACCUGCUGGUGGAGCCAGAGUCUCAGUUCAUCAUCAAAGUCCAGGACAUCAACGACAAUGCACCCAGGUUCCUGGAUGGACCAUACACCACCAAAGUGGCAGAGGGAUCCCCUGUAGGAACGUCUGUGGUGACAGUAGUGGCAACAGAUGCUGAUGAUCCAACCUAUGGAAACUCUGCUAGACUGGUUUACAGUAUCCUGCAGGGUCAGCCUUACUUCUCUGUAGAUCCAAAAACAGGUGUGGUCAGGACAGCUCUACCUAACCUGGAUCGGGAGGUGCAGGACCAGUACCUGCUGGUCAUCCAGGCCAAAGACAUGUUGGGUCAGAUGGGAGCUCUGUCAGGAUCCACGACUGUCACCGUGACCCUGACUGAUGUCAACGACAACCCACCUCACUUCCCACGCAAAAGUUACCAGUUCAUAGUCCCGGAGUCAGUCCUGGUAUCAUCAGUGGUGGCGAGGAUCAGAGCUGUAGAUCUGGAUGUGGGUCCAAAUGCUGAGGUGGACUACAAGAUUUUGGAUGGAGAUGGACUUGGAACAUUCAGAAUUCAGACUGAUCCAAAUACCCAGGAAGGACUGGUUUCUUUACACAAGACUCUGGACUUUGAAACUAAAUCCAGCUACACUCUGAACAUCGAGGCGUCCAAUCAACAUGUGGACCCCCGUUACCUGUUGGUGGGCUCAUUUACUGAUGUAACAACGGUCCUGCUGCUGGUGGGGGAUGUGGAUGAACCCCCGGCGUUCUCUGUCUCAGUCAGUCAGAUGAUGGUCUCAGAGGCGGCUCUGGUUGGAUCUCAUGUGGGAUCAGUUUCUGCUCAUGACCCAGAUUCUUCCAACAGCCCAAUCAGGUAUUCCAUCGACAGGACGUCAGACGUUGAGCAUUUCUUUAUGAUUGACAGCAGUUCAGGUGUCAUCAGCACGAACAGACGUCUGGACAGAGAGAUGUGUGAUGUGUACAACCUGACUGUCCUGGCCACUGAGACCUUGGAUUUGUCUCAGGUGGGGAAAGCUGUGGUUCUCAUUUCUGUAAUGGAUGUUAACGACAAUGCUCCUAGCUUUGCUAUCAAGUAUCAAACAUCUGUUUGUGAGAACGCCCCACCUGGACAGGUCAUUGAAACUCUGAGUGCCGUGGAUCCAGAUGAGCCAGAGACCGGACACCACUUCCAGUUCUUCCUGGCAGCUAACGCUGCCAUGAACCAGAGCUUUUCCUUCUCCUUGAGAGACAACAACGACAACACGGCGUCCCUGCUGGUGCAGCGUGCAGGUGUCCUGCAGCAGGACCUCCUCCUCCUGCCGGUGGUGAUCUCAGAUGGUGGCAGUCCGUCCCUCAGCAGCACCAACACGCUAACCGUUAGCGUGUGUACCUGUGAGCCGCAGGGAGCCCCCCGUGUCUGCAGGCAGGGGGUCUAUCUGCUGACACCUGGCCUCAGUGUCCUCUCUGCUGCCGCACUCACCUGUGUGCUCACACUCUCAGGUGUUGUCAUGGUAACCGUUGUCCUAAGACUGAGGAGGACAGAGUGUCAGACGGUGGACAAUGAGCCAGUCCUCCAGGAGAACAUGGUUUGUUACGAUGAUGAAGGUGGAGGUGAGGAGGACACCAGGGCCUUCGACAUGUUCACUCUGACACACCUGAACCUGAGGGGCGGGUCCAACCACACACACCUGAACCUGAGGGGCGGGUCCAACCAGUCCAGGACUCAGAAAACCAGUCUGUUCCAGGAGUUCCUCAGGGACCAGCUCCAGGAAGCAGAUCUGGACCCGACGGCACCACCCUUAGACUUCCUGCAGACCUACGCCUUCGAAGGCCACGGCUCAGUAGCUGAGUCUCUGAGCUCCCUGGACUCUCUGACCUCACUGGACCCGCUCACCCUGCUGGAGUCUGAGCACAGCUACGCCUUCCUGAGGGACUGGGGACCCAGGUUCAGGAGGCUCGCAGACCUGUAUGGACACACACAGAAAGUGGGCGUGGCCUCAGACCACAGCUGAGUGGACAACAGGUGUGUGUUUACAGGUUUUCUCCAUUAUUUAGACACAUGUUCUGAAAGCUGUCAGAACUGAACACACCCCUCAUUUUACUGCAACAACAAUGUGUCACACAACAGUGUUCACCCUGAAAUCACCACAAAACAAACAAAACAAACACAAUAAAAUGUUGUGACCAUGUGGUCUCUGAGAUUAUGACCUCUGGUCUUCCUCAUCCUCUUCUUCCUGUCCUCUACAGCUAACGUUCUGAUGCUAAAGCUAAUCUGUGACAGGUGUUUGCUCAUGUGAUGAGAGUGUGUGUGUUGUAAUCACACACAGUGUGUUGUAAUCACAC